AUGCCUCCAGGUCGCAUCCCCCCGGUCUCAAACAACCCCGAGAAGAUCCAACUGGAGCGACUCAGCCAUGUAUUAUUUUCGCAUCCCGAUCUAGAGAAGUUCAAUACCUUCGCUGUCGAUUUUGGCUUUGAGAUCGUCGAGAAAACAGAUUCCGCCAUUUGCUAUCGUGGUUGGGGCCAAGAUACCAUCGCCUACGUUGCCCUCCUUGGUGACGCCAACGACGAAGGCUUCAAGGGCGCCACUUUCAUCGCCAAAACCGAGGCCGACUUUACAAAGAGUGCUGCUCUCCCCGGAGCGUGUCUUAUCAGUGACCACAAGCGCCCUGGUGGCGGCAAAAUCGUGACUAUUCCAUCGCCCUCCGGCGCUGAUAUCCACGUUCUUUGGGGGCAGCAGGAUCGACCUAAGCCUGAAGCGCCGGUCAGCCAAAUUGAAGUUUCCAAGGGAGGGUAUAACACAACAUUGAAGAAAGAGCGAAAGGGAGAAUUCCAGCGGUUCAAACUCGGACCUGCCAUGAUACACAAGCUCGGCCACUACGGCUACAUGACCAAGAAGUUCGACGAGGAUAUCGACUUUUACACUAGCAACUUCAACUUUGUCCCAUCUGAUAUCCUGUACGAGCAGAUCGACGGGCAAGAAAUUGAUACUUUAACAUUCAUGCACCUUGAUCACGGCUCCCUUUACACCGAUCACCACACGCUGUUCCUCAAUCGGGUGCCCGCGACUUAUCCAGUAGACUACCGCGUUCACCAUACCUCAUUUGAAGUGGAGGACUUUGAUACUCAGCUUCUGGGACACGAAUACCUCCUCAGCAAGGGGCAUAAGCUUGUGUGGGGUGUGGGACGCCAUAUCCUUGGCUCACAGAUCUUUGAUUACUGGCAGGAUCCCAGUGGUUAUAGCAUUGAGCACUAUGCUGAUGGUGAUGUGGUGAAUGAGGAUAAUCCCACGGGGAGAUUUGAGAGUGAAGGAGCGGCUUCUAUGUACAUUUGGGGUCCAAUCAGGCCUGCAACUGGUGUCGCGCAGUAG